UUUCGUGCAAUAUAUAAACGUGUAGCUGAAAAAAAUAUAUUUCGACAAGUGAUUAAAAAAAUCGAAUAUCAAUAUUAACUGUCAGUUGACAAAAAGUAAUCGUGCACAAUAAUUGAAAAACUCGUCUCAAGCAAAAUGUUAGGGGUUUUUCUUAAUUUUUGCAUAGUUGCUGGAGCUUUUACUCAAUAUGUGGCGAAUGGUCCUUGCCCCAAAGUAAUUGUUGAGGAACCACUUGAUUUGGAACGAUUGAGUGGAUUAUGGAUUAGGUAUGCAACAAGCGAUUUUAACUCAGAUAGUGCACAAAUGUGUCCGCAGCAAUUUUGGUCUCUACCUAACGAUGAAGGUGUAUCAAGACUUGUUUCUACUAGUAUUUUAUCGAAAACCAACAAGAAAUUGAAAACUAUAACUGACGUAUCUUUGACUAACAAUAAUGCGCUAUGUUUUCAUCACCAUGUACCAAUUGUGGGAAAUAUCUAUCGAGAAGCUUUGUAUCUUGGCGUAGAUUAUGACAAGUACACUGUAUCUUGGACCUGUGUGAACAAUGGAACUACACAUAUUGAAAGUAUUAUGAUAUUUACACGAGAGAGAAACCCAACUAUCGAUAUCCUGAAAAUAGCGAAAGAAGCCUACGCUCGCUAUGGUCUUGUAAUGUCGCAUGUAAUCAGAGAUAACCAAGAUUGCUUUUGAAUUAUUUUUAUGUUGUAAUUUUGUGUCUAAUUAUUAUAAUGACUUAUGAUCUUGAAUU